UGUGUCCUAGUGAGCCCUCCUCCGUCAUUCCUUGAGGUCCUGAGGGGGAGAGGGCCUAGAUCAUUAGACUCCUCCCUGAGGGAGGGGAAGAUUCCUGAGACCUCCCCCACGUCCCCACCUCCUCACAUGCCACUGGCUUCCCUGCCCCUCCCUGGGAGAGAAGGGUGAUAGUACCCAUUUAAAGUAGGACAAACUGAGAAUUUAUGGCUAGUUUAGCAGAUGCCGGGUGUGGGUUUUCUGCAGUUCUCUUUGCUCCAAGGUUUGGGCUGGGACUGGAGCCUCAGCAGGUUUGUGAUUCAAAACCUAAAACCUUAGACCAUCUGGCUGAUCUAGAGAGGGUGGGUAGACGGUGAGUCCCAGCUUUACUUGGCUUUCUCAAUCCUCGUGGGUCCUGCUCCUCCAGGCACUGACCUGUGGCCUGGACCCACCCUCCACCCCAUGUGCAGUGCAGCGGGGGUGGGUGGAGGGCGGGGCUGCCGCCAGAUCUAGUCAGACAGGUGGAGCUGCCAGGGCAGGAGUCUCAAAGAGCCAGGCUCCCAGAGAGGAAGGGCAAGAGGAGAGCACCGGAGAGGAGCCGAGAGGCUGGAGAGUCGUUAACUAGGAUGGAAGCUCUUGUGAACGUGUACCAGAGCAUGAUGAAGUAUGGGGAUCCCCGGAUACAGGGCUACCCUUUGAUGGGGUCCCCCUUGCUAAUGACCUCCAUUCUCCUGACUUAUGUGUACUUCGUUCUCUCACUUGGGCCUCGAAUCAUGGCCAAUCGGAAGCCCUUCCAACUGCGUGGUUUCAUGGUUGUCUACAACUUCUCACUGGUGGCACUCUCCCUCUACAUUGUCUAUGAGUUCCUGAUGUCUGGCUGGCUGAGUAGCUACACCUGGCGCUGUGACCCUGUGGACUUUUCCAACAACCCGGAGGCACUGAGGAUGGUUCGAGUGGCCUGGCUCUUCCUCUUCUCCAAGUUCAUUGAACUCAUGGACACGGUGAUCUUUAUUCUCCGGAAAAAAGAUGGACAGGUGACCUUCUUACAUGUCUUCCAUCACUCAGUGCUUCCCUGGAGCUGGUGGUGGGGAGUGAGAAUUGCCCCAGGAGGAAUGGGCUCUUUCCAUGCCAUGAUAAACUCCUCUGUGCAUGUCAUCAUGUACCUGUACUAUGGACUAUCUGCCCUUGGCCCUGUGGCUCAGCCCUACCUUUGGUGGAAAAAGCACAUGACAGCCAUCCAGCUGAUCCAGUUUGUCCUGGUCUCGCUGCACAUCUCCCAGUACUACUUCAUGCCCAGCUGUAACUACCAGUACCCAGUCAUCAUCCACCUCAUCUGGAUGUACGGCACCAUCUUCUUCGUGCUCUUCUCCAAUUUCUGGUAUCAUUCUUACACCAAAGGCAAACGGCUGCCCCGUGUAGUUCAGCAAAAUGGAGCUCCAGGUACUGCCAAAGUCAAGGCCAACUGA